AUGAAUGAAAGUCCUAGAAAUCCAAUAUUGCAAAUUAAUACUACUUCAACAAAUGACUCAGAUAAUAUAGCCACUUCAAUAUCUUCAUCUUCAUCAAUUGAGUCAGCUAAUACAAAAUUAGGUACUAAAACACCCGGCGGAAAUCCAAGAAUAUAUAAGUGUACACUUUGUGAACGUGCAUUUACGAGAGAAGAACAUCUAACUAGACACACAUUAUCAACUCAUAAUAAAUUGAAACCAUUCAAAUGUGGAAUAUGUAAUCGACCAUUUUCAAGAAGAGAUUUGUUAUUAAGACAUGCAAAGAAUUUACAUAAUGGAAGUGAGUUAGCAGUAAAUAGGAUAAGGAAAAGCUAUAAACAUCAAAAGGAGAAACAGAAACAAAGUGAAUCAGAUGAUAGUGACUCGAGUAUAGAAGAUUAUAAAACAAACUCAAGUGGUAGUAAUUAUAAAACAGAACCUGCUAUUAAUACAAAUACUACUUCACCUAAUGGUAACAAAAAUGUUAAUGUUACAAGUGUUGUAGUUGAUGAUGACGAUUAUGAAACACCAGAAAAAAAAAGAUUAAAAAUGUCAGUUAACAUGUUAGUAAGUUAA